AAGAGAAAAAAAAAAGGCAAAAGAAAGUCCAAUAUAAAAUUCAAGAUAAGACGGAAGAAGUAAACUUCGUGGCAAGUUCGGCGGUAUUAGCGGCGAAAGACACAAUCGGCGGCAGUUUUGAAAAAAAUUAUCUUAGAGGAGAAAAUGAUAGUGAAAAAAAAGUCAAAAGUGUCAAAAUUAAAAGUGCAACAACAACAAUCCUUCAAAAGAUUCCACAAAAGACCCACUUCUCUAUCUCUCUUAAAUUUGACAUUCAGACAAAAAUCCCAUUAGCUGCCUUACUGCAUCACCCACUUUCCAUUCCAUUAGUAACUCUUUCGACCUUUUCCUUUCUAUCUCUCAAGAAACGGUUUUUUUUUUUAAUCCUCCGCCUCACAGCACCACCACCGCCACCGUUUACGCCAUCGUAUCACCACCAAAGCCACUGCCUUUUUCCUAUAUUCUUACAAAAGAAAACAAAAAGUUACAAAUUUAUUCUUUUACUUUUGCUAAACCUUUUUCCAAGAUUCCAAAAGAGGAAUUUUUUUUCUUUUUUUGCAAAUUUUUCAUUUUUUUUUUUUUUAUGGAGCCUCCGGAGAAUAGUAGUAAGGAUAGUAACAGCUACGAAUUGGCGGAGAAAAUAAUCCUACGGUGGGAUUCAACGGCAUCGGAGGAAGCAAGAGAGAGAAUGAUUUUCGAAACGGAUCGUCAAGAAGCUGAUCUUUACCUCCAAGCCGUCGAUGAAAUCCAACGAUCCUUAUCCAACGCGUCGAUCUCAACUUCUUCCAACAACAACAACGCCGCCGAUGACCAGUCAAAAGUCAACACCACAAUCCAGAUCGCCAUGGCUCGUCUAGAAGACGAGUUUCUCAACAUCCUCAUCACUCACUCCUCUGCUGUGGAAACCGAUUCCCUCUUCGAUCCGACAUCGUCUUCAGUAUCAACUCCUUCUUAUCACGAACUCGAAGAAGACGAUAGCUUAAACAACGACAAUAGCAGUCACAGCAAUCUGCUUCAGCUUCAGCACUGUGAAUCUUCGGAUAGUUCGAGUUACCGAUCUACAAGCAGUAUACGAGAAGUGGAUCUGAUGCCGGCCGAAGCGAUUUGCGAUUUACAAGCGAUCGCGAUGAGGAUGAUCUCGUCUGGGUACUUACGGGAGUGUAUUCAAGUGUACGGUAGCGUAAGGAAAUCGGUCGUUGACUCGAGUUGUAGGAAAGUGGGUAUUGAGAAGCUCAGCAUCGGAGAUAUCCAAAAGCUUGAAUGGGAAGCUUUGGAGAGUAAAAUUCGGCGUUGGAUUCGAGCCGCGAGAGUUUGUGUGAGGAUUUUGUUUGCGAGCGAGAAGAAGCUUUGUGAGCAAAUCUUUGAGUGUGUCGGAACGGAUAUUGAUGACGCGUGUUUUAUGGAAACGGUUAAAGGCCCGGCAAUUCAGUUAUUUAACUUCGCGGAAGCCAUAAGUAUAAGUAGGAGAUCUCCUGAAAAGCUUUUUAAGAUACUUGAUUUACAUGAUGCUUUGAUGGAUUUGUUGCCUGAUAUUGAGGCGGUUUUCGAUUCGAAAUCAUCGGAUUCAGUUCGAGUUCAGGCUGCGGAGAUUUUGUCCAGGUUAGCUGAGGCCGCUCGGGGGAUUUUGUCCGAAUUCGAAAACGCAGUUUUAAGAGAGCCUUCUAGGGUCCCUGUCCCUGGUGGAACGAUCCAUCCUUUGACUAGGUAUGUUAUGAAUUAUAUCAGUUUGAUAUCUGAUUAUAAGCAGACUUUGAUUGAGCUUAUAAUGUCGAAACCAUCGGCCGGUCCGAGGUAUUCGGGUGAUCCAUCGACCCCAGAUAUGGAGUUUGCUGAGUUGGAAGGGAAAACUCCUUUAGUUUUGCAUUUGAUUUGGAUUAUUGUGGUUUUGCAAUUCAAUUUGGAUGGGAAGUCUAAGCAUUAUAAAGAUGCAUCUUUGGCACAUUUGUUUAUAAUGAAUAAUGUUCAUUAUAUCGUUCAUAAGGUUAAAGGGUCACCCGAGUUGAGGGAAAUGAUUGGGGAUGAUUAUUUGAGGAAGCUGACAGGGAAGUUUAGGCAGGCGGCAACGAGUUAUCAGAGAGCUACCUGGGUGAGUGUUUUGUAUUGUUUGAGAGAUGAAGGGUUGCACGUGAGUGGGGCCUUUUCUUCUGGGGUGUCCAAGAAUGCAUUGAGGGAAAGGUUUAAGGCUUUCAAUGCUAUGUUUGAGGAGGUUCAUAGAACUCAAGCAACAUGGUUGAUACCCGAUGCUCAGCUUAGGGAGGAACUAAGGAUUUCUAUGUCCGAGCGGUUGAUCCCAGCUUAUAGGUCAUUUCUUGGGCGGUUCAGGAGCCAUAUAGAGAGUGGAAAGCACCCCGAGAAUUACAUCAAGUAUUCAGUUGAAGACUUGGAAACUGCUGUGUUGGAUUUCUUUGAGGGAUACCCUGUAUCCCAGCACUUGAGGAGGAGAUGAGAUGAGUUUUGUCAUGGUAGAAACUAGGAGACAUUCUUUCAAUUUUUUGUGGGGUGUUUGGGCGAUAUGGUGCUGGUGAACCUGGGGCUUCCCUGAGCUCUCCAAUUUGUUAAUGACAGCUGAUUGAAUUAUUUCCACGGGUGACGAACCAACAAGAUCAGGUGUUAGCUUUCCAGAAUAGCCAGGCCCCUGGAGCCUGAAUACUUUCUGCACUGUAAGCAUUAUGUUGGUUUGUUACCACAUUCUAGAUUUUGUUCCAUUUGUUCAUAUUGUUAUUAUUGUAUUUGUAAUUUUGUGUGUUUGCUUUUACUAUUAUUAAUGAUAUGAAGAAGCAUUUUUUUUUUCCUUAUUUCUAUUCUCUUAGCUAUUGUUGCAGUAACCUUUUUCGGUUUGCAUACCACAAUUAUGCAUUCUCAGAAAGGUUAACCCUAGUAGGCGUCGAUAUUGAAGUUAAGCAUUCUUGGUGGUGCCUUAAGUUCAAGUUACCUGUAUAGAUGGACACAAUAUACAAGGAGAAAUUAUAUUCUGCUUAAAUUGAAAUGUGAUGCUUUGACAAUUAUUAAUGAUGUAUUGGAUUUAUGGCAAAAUUUAUGACU